AUGGAUUCAGACAAUUCAGAUAAUUAUGAUCAAGAAUUUUGGGAGUUAGUUGAAGAAGAAUUUAUGGACGACAGUGAUGAAGAACAACAUCUUCAAAAUGAAUGUCAAUUUGGAAGUUCCUCUAGGCCAAAGAGAAGAACUGCAGUAGAUCGAGGUCGUGAAGAAGGGCCCAAUCGGUUAUUCAAUGACUACUUCUCAGAAAAUUCAGUAUACACAGAUGUACAAUUCCGAAGAAGGUUUAGAAUGCAUAGGCAUGUGUUUCUUCGAAUUGUAGAUGCCCUCGGCAAUCAUGAUGAAUAUUUCCAAAUGAGGGUCGAUGCAACUGGUAAGAUGGGUCUUUCACCAUUGCAGAAAUGCACAUCUGCUAUUCGUAUGUUGGCAUGUGGGUCUCCCACUGACAUUGUAGACGAAUAUGUUCGAAUCGGUGAAAGUACCUCAAUUGAGUGCUUAGAAAGAUUCGUUAAGGGCGUGAAUGUUGUAUUUAGGGAUGAGUAUUUGAGAAAGCCUAACAACACUGAUAUUGAACAUCUUUUACAAAUGGGUGAGUCACGUGGCUUUCCAGGUAUGUUGGGUUCCAUUGAUUGUAUGCACUGGGAAUGGAAGAAUUGUCCUGUUGCAUGGAAAUGA